AGAUCAUAUUGUAAUCGCGUUUCACUUCAGCGUGCUUCGUCUGAGCGCGAGGAGCGUUGCUAGUCUCAGUCUGCGUGCGUUUAGGUUUUUUUAGAUCUCAGUGAUGAAUAUUGAUCAGGACAGGCCAUAUGUAUGCACUGCUCCUGGAUGCUCACAGCGCUUCCAAAGAGAAGAUCACCUAAUAAUUCACAGACACAAACAUGAGAUGACCCUUAAAUUCUCUUCUAUAAAAUGUGACAAUAUGCUUUCAGAUCAGACUCCAACUCCAACCCGUUUCUUACAGGACUGUGAGGAAGUGGGCCUCUUUACUGACCUGGAGCUUAACCAGUCACAGGCGGAGGAGGAGACAAAACCGAACUUUUCGGCUCAGGUGUCAGGUCAGAACCAGCCUCACACUGAGACACAACCUCAGCAGGGUCAACAUCAUCAGUUUCAGCCUCAGCAACAGCAGCAGUGCGCUCUGGCCCAUCUGAACCAGAACCAGAACCAGCUCCACACGCACAGCUCACAGCCUCAGUCUCAAUGUACAGCCACAUACUCCACUUCAAAUAAACAAUCUGCACCCAGCUGUCUACACAGCACACAGGCAAACACCAUGCCUGGGACAUCAGCCAUGAAUAUGGAGGCACAAUUGUCCAUGAACUCCAGUAUGAUUGGCAUACCAGGCCCCACCCACUCUGGCUCAUGCUCCUCCCUUCAGAGGUCAAAGGUCAUACCAGCCCACAGCCAGCCUGCAGUCUCCAAUGGCAGUCAGAAUCCUCUUUGCCACAUGAUGGAGAUGAUGUCAUCACAACAGCACCCACUGUCGCAUAUACAAUCCUCAUCUCAUCAUCACGCAUACCAGCAGCACUGCCACAACCAAUCACCGCAAAGACUUGCACAUCAACAUCAAAGCCAAGACCAAUCACUUCACAGCCAUGCUCACCACUCUCCACCCACGCACUUGCAUCCUGGCUCCUCCCACCAGACCGCCCCUCCCCUUUCACAUCAGCCAAUACCUACACAGAUGGCCUCCACACCAAAACACACCCACUGCCCGCAGUCUCCUCCACAGCCGACCGUGAGCAGACGCCGACGGACAGCAGAGGAAGACCCGGAUGAGCGCAGACGGAAGUUUCUGGAGAGAAACAGAGCUGCUGCCACGCGGUGCAGACAGAAGAGAAAAGUCUGGGUGAUGUCUUUGGAAAGGAAGGCUGAGGAGCUUACACACACUAACUUACAGCUACAGAAUGAGGUGACAUCACUCAGGACAGAAGUCACUCAACUGAAGCAAAUUCUUCUUGCACAUAAAGACUGUCCUGUCUCUGUGAGACAGAGAGAAACGCAGAGUGGAGUAGGUAGCCCAACAGAAAGUCCUGUCCAGCAACAUGCCAUUCAACACAACAGCAUCUCAACCUCAAGUUCGACUCUAUCCCACACUCACCUCACCACACACUCCCACCCUAACUAACAACACAACUACUAUGACAUGCUCCUACAUACACAUAGAAUGAUGAGAACACAAAAUACAAUCCACCUUCAGAGCCAUAUGGUCAGGGCAUCUAUAACAAAGUAGAUACCCAUCAGUGCAAAAGCAAAACUAAACAGCAAAAUGUUUAAAACUGGGAUUUAUGAUUAAAAGGGAAUGUAUGCGUCAUAUAUAUGUCUGUAAUGUUCUUAAAAGAAUAGAAUAAUUCAUCAGAAAUCUGUUUAUAUUUAUGGCCCUUGUCAUCUCAGGAAAUAAGCCGAGGGUCAGAUGGAUGUUUCCAGUGGUUUUAUUUUACCUCACUGUGAUUUGUUUUGUUUUUUUACAGUGUUGGAAAACAAUCUGUCCUUUUACACUCACUAAAUUUAGUUUUCUUAUUCUCAAACCUGUCUCUCACCCUCCAUCUGUCUUCUCACACUCUUCCUCGUGCUUUUUUAUAGCUGAUCUUUCUCAGGGACACUCAUCUAGUUUUACUCCUGGAGUAUGUGUGCACAUUUGUGUGUAUAAGUGUUUGUUUUUUUGGCCACUUUCAGUGUAAAUGCUUUGAUAGCUUCAGUGACAGCUGUGUGUGCUAAAUCCUGAAACUAAUGGCAAGGCUGUGUGAAAUGCAUUGAAUCAGGGCAGUUGUAAAUUUGUAAUUGUAAAUAGGAAUCUCUAGUUUUAUAAAUUUAUGAUGAUGCAGCUAUGCUGUUGUUACAUGUUUGUCUUCGCUGUAAAUAUUGUCAGAGGCCCCUUGGUAAAUUAUCAGGUAUCACAUUACCUAAGAAAGUACUGAAAGUAUCACAUGUGAAUUUUGGAUUGACAGAACAUGCAACUCAUUUUAUAUAGCCAAAUUCAGAAUCAUGUAAAGGACUUGUGUAUUACUAAUCGCACUCAUGGCACUAGGAAUGUCUUACAGUAUUCUCAAUACGGCAUAGCAUCAUUUCACACUAACUGGUUCAGAGACAAUCAAAAUGUCAAUACUGACAUUUCCUGGAAAUGAAAUACAAGCAUGUGUGCUAUCUCUUAAAAAAAUGCUUAGAUAAAGCAUUUAUAUGGCUAUACAUUCUGUGGAAUAUGGAAUUAUGAAUUUCGAGAAAAAAAAAAAAAAGAAUGUUUGUAAACGCUGCAGGUUUAAACUGUUUUAUGCAUGUACAGGUUUUUUGAAAUAUUUAUCUAUUUUUGUACACAUUUGUGGCCAUUUUUAAUUAAAAGCACUUAAUAUCUGUA